GCAGACAGCGCAGACCAAGUAUCGGCACGCAGAAGUGAUGUAGUCUCCCAUGCACGGAGUAACAUGGCUGAGGGAGACGGACCCGUGCCGAGACAGUAAUUAGGUGCAGAUAUUGCAGAAAGAUGAUUUCUCUAAGCACGCGCGUUGGCGUACUGAGCCGCCAGCCCUGUCUUCAUUGUACAAGGGGAAUCCUUCGAUCCCUUUUCUAGGGUUGCGACAGAGCCUUACAUGACGAGGGCCUACCCAUCAUCGUUCUCUUCGUUCCUGGCAUGCUACUCGAAGGAAGACGAACAGAAGCGUUAUGACUGAGCAUGCCGUCGAUGUCCCGGAUAAGGGUCCCCUGUUCAUCAGGGUUACCGGGGCUUUGACCGUCAUUGCAUUCAUCUUGGUCGCCCAUAGGGUGCUCUGGAAGGUGUACAGACAAACUGCCAUCUCGGCAGAUGAUGUGAUCAUCCAGGUUUCAAUGGUCAUACAGAUUGUGAAUACCGUGAUGGGUGACUUGGCGUGCCACUAUGCUUUUGGUCGUCAUCGCGCCGAUGUCGUGCGGUCAGGGGGCAAUUUGGUACUUGCGCUGAAGUAUUUCUGGCUUUUCCAAAUUCUGUACAAGACCGUCCUCUGCCUCAACAAGCUCAGCUUCCUGGCCUUCUACCUGCGAAUCUUUCCAACGCGACCAUUUCGCAUAAUUUGCUGGGUGACCAUCGGUCUCGUCAUUUCCAGCACCUUCGGAUUUGUCCUCGCGACCAUCUUUCAAUGCAUCCCGGUACAUGCUAGCUGGCACAAGAAUAUCCCCAAGAAGUGUGUGGACAAUUCGAGCUUCCGAUGGUCGUGGGCGGGCUACAACACGGCGAUGGACAUCUGGGUCUGCGUGCUGCCGCUGCCUGUGCUCGCACAACUGCAUCUUGACCGCAUCCGCAAGAUCGGCGUGAUGCUCGUGUUCUGCAUGGGCUUGUUCGUAUGCAUCACGAGUAUCAUUCGAAUGUGGGCGAUGGAGGCGAGCACCACCACGCACGACCCGACCUGGGGCUCAUUCGAUGCCUUGCUGUGGAGUGCCAUUGAGGCGAGUACGGGUAUUAUUUGCGCCUGCCUACCGUUCCUGAAGCACUCUGCUCAGAAGCUGGUUCCCAGUUGGUUUGUUUCGCUUUCGACUGGAUCGCGCAAGUCGCGCAGUCGAGCCACCAGAACCAGGACGGGGCGGAGCUAUCGCAUGAGCCGACUGGAGUCCCAGGAGGGCACGCAGCUCGGCCAAGAAUGGCGGGUGGAAAGACACGAUCUCGAUGCAGAUUCCGAGAGCGUCGGAAGCCAGGGGGCCAUUGCCAAAGGCCAGAUCAUUCUCACUACCGCAAUUGACAUGCACAGUGAACCGGCACCAAAAUGA